ACAGGCUGACUAGCAGCUUAUGUCGCCCUCUCGCGCGCAACCUCGCUCGAGGGCCUCCAGGUCAAGGGCUUCCGAGCGGACAAGGUCAUGGCACACCGCAAGGUAGCCAACUGGUCCGGCAAUCUGCAGAGUUUGAGUGUGUAGAUCGCCGGUACCGUCACGGUGACCAUCAAGUCCAUGAGACUAGCCGACAAGCUCCGACUCCCGGGUGGCGAUGCUUUCAUUGAAGCUCGCUUCAACACGUAUCUGUACACUGUCCAAUUGAGCUGGAGUACGUCGGAAACGCCGUCGGCCCCGCCGACGGAUCUCAUUUCUCGCACGAUAAGCAGCUGCGGCUGCGGACUUCCACUCAACGCGAUGCCACGCCGAGCCGUUGACCUCAAUUGUCACCCGAAGCUUGACCGCCAAAGUGUUACAGAAGACAAAGUGGAGCUUGCAUCAGACAAAUCAGUGCCCGUUGAGCUUAUGCGACGCCCUCAAUACAUGGCCCAUUCGUAUGUGGAAAAGCUCACCGGUUCCGGCUGAGCUGGCUUGGUCCGGGACGCUCCCGUGCGGAAUGUGCGUUGAUACGAGUGGGCAAACAGCCGUGCCGCCGGGCGAAGUCGUGGAGAGGACAAGUACCGAGAGGAGGGCGCUCAUGUCCAUUCGCGAGUGCCGUCCGUGCGUCAG